UGAAUUUUUCAACGAGAGCGACCCAAACAGUAGGAGAAUUUGAUAAAGGAGCAUCGCGCCCAAAUAAGGUUAAACCAUGAGCUGGGCGGUGGAGGAGUGGAAGGAUGGACUUCCAGGGAAAGCCCUGCAGAAGAUCCAGGAGAUGGAAGUCCAGCUGGAUAAACUGAAGAAGGAGAAGACACAAAAGCAGUUUCAGUUGGACUCCUUAGAAGCUGCACUCCAAAAACAAAAGCAAAAGGUGGACAGUGAACGUACAGAGACGUCUGCUUUGAAGAGAGAAAACCAGUCUUUACUAGAGUCAUGCGACUCUCUAGAGAAAGCUCGGCAAAAGGUUGUACAUGAUCUUGGAGUCAAAGAACAGCAGGUGAGCUACCUGGAAGGUCAGCUUAACUCCUGCAGAAAAACCAUUGAACGACUCGAACAGGAGCUCAAGAAGCACAAAAAUGAACUGGAUCGUUCCCAGCCUGCUGGCUCUUCCUCACUGUCAUCAUCCUCCUGUGAGCUGCAGACCUACGCCACUCCACAGAAGAGUUUUCAGACACCAGCAUCAAUCCCAGCCUACAGACAGCAUGAUAAUAGACUAGAGGAGUUGCAGGAGAAAUACAACCAAGAGGUAGAAGAAAGAAAAAGACUGGAAAGUGAACUCAAAGUCUUGCAGGUCAAACUGUUGAAUCAGUCUUCAGUCAGUGUAAGCCACAAGGACAUUGCUGCCCGACAAGCCGGGUCUUCCAUUUUCCCAUGGCAACAGCAGGAUUCUGCCCAUCGCCGCCAGUCUCAGGACAUAAUGGAAACACCUCUAAAGAGGCGAGGGACAUCCCUUUGGGACGCCCAUGAGGAGACGCCAAUCAAACCCAGCCAGCGGAUGAGCUCUUCCAGAGCAGCACCGAGUCCCAGUGGAUCCUCUCAACAGAUGGAGCAGUUAAAGACUUUGAACCAAGAGCUGCGUGGCCAUGUGUCAGAACUAGAGAGGAACUUAGCCAAUCAGGAGAAGGAAAUUCGUAACCAAGCGUCCAAACUGCAGGAACUUCAAACGCAGCUGAACCAGGCCCGCAAAGACCUCAGCGAGCGGGACAGAGACCUGACCAAGGCCAAACAUGAGCUGAGUCAGGCCACAGACCGACACCAGCAGGUUGAGUCCAAGUGUUCAUCGGUUGAGCAGAAACUAAAACAAGUCACUGAGGAGAUGAGUUGCCAGAGGCACAAUGCUGAAAGCUGCAGACGGGCACUGGAGCAGAAACUCAAGGACCAAGAGAGAGACAGUCAGAAGGAACUUGCCCAGUUGCAGAGUUCCCAUCAUGCUUUGGAUCAACAGCUAAACCAGACCAGAACCAAGCUGACCCAAGAGAUCCAACAGGCCAAAAAAGACCACAACAUACUGCAGGCAGACAUGGAGAAGAUGUGCUUCCAGAAGAAGCAGAUGGAGAAGGAGAUGGAGGAGCAGAAACAGAAGCUGCUGAGGUCAGAACAAAGCCUUCAGGCCUGUCAGACCAAAGAGCAGGACCUCCGCAAGAAAAUGGAGGAGCUGCAGAAAGAGAAGAACAGUAUGACUGUCCAGUUGGACCAGAGCAACAGGCGCCUCUCUCAGCUGGAAGAAGAGAAGAAGAGUUCAAACCAGAGCCUCAAAAAGAAGCUCACGUGUGUAGAGGGAGAGAAGGCCAGUCUGUCUGCUCACAUUGAUUCCCUGAAGGGAGAACUCCUCAACAAGUGCACAGAUCUGGAGGAGAAGGCGCAUCAGUACAAGGAGCUUCAGUCUCAGUUCUCUGAGGCUGGACAGAAACACGCUAAAGACUUGGAGAACAUAGGAGUGCAGGUGGCUCAGCUUGAAGCACAGGUCAAAGAUCUGGAGUUGCGUUUGCAGAAGGAAAUCACUCGAGCCGAACUCGCUGAGAGGAUGAACACUGACCUGCAGGAUGAGCACAAGGCAACCUGUGAUCUGGUCCGCUCCAAAGAGCAGCUGGUAGAGCUGGGGAGGGCUGAGAUCAGCCAGCUGAGGGAAAGCCUUGCUCAGACAAUUGCACAGCAGGAGGAGCAAAAUGCCAGGUUAGCAGAGGAGAAGGCAGACCUCCUAAAGCAGUGUGAAGAACGUGUUUCAGCAAAGGCUGAGGAGACUGAGCACAUCAAGCUGCAGUUAGAGGAGGCCCAGCAGGAGCUGCUGCUCACCAAAAACCAGAUCAGUUCCUUAGAGCAGUUCCUGAAGGUCCAGGAGCAACUGGGAGCAGAGCUGCAGAAACAAAUUAAGACAAUGACAGAGCAGGAAGAGGAACAAAUUCGGAUGUACAACAAAAAAUCAGAAGAACUCAAACAAUUGGAAAUGGACCUCAGUGAUCAGUGGAAACAAACAGAGGAGAAGGAGAAGCAGCUCAGAGAAGCUGAAGUUCAGAUAUCGUCUGUGGAGAAACAAAAAGCCGAGCUGGAAAAUGCAAUUCAAGAGUUGAAGAAAGAAUCAGAGAUCAUUCAGCACAGUCAGACCGAGAAGAUCCACAGCCUCCUGGAGCAGAUUUCAUCCUUAGAAGAAAAGGUCGAUGUGAACAAAGAUGCAGCGGAGAAGCUUCCUGUCUUGAAGAAUGAACUGGAUGUAGCCACUCAGUCCAACUCUGACCUUAAGAAGUCACUACAAGCUCUUGAGAAGAAUCACUCCUCCACUAUAGAAAUUAAGUCUAACCUGGAGAGCACUCUGGUUGAGAAGAUGAAUCUUAUCUCUGCUUUGGAGAAUGAAGUAAAAGAUCUCAUAGAGAAGAUGGGUAAAGAGUCAGAGCGUCACGCUUUGGAGAUUGAAAACUUCCUCAAAAAAGAGAAGAGCCUUGACGAACAGCUCGAAGCCACAAAGAAAUCAGUCAGUGCUGCCAAAGCAGAGUCGAGUUCACGUCGGGAGGAGAUCCGGACCAUGAAGGCGACUCUGUCUGCAGCGUCACGCGGCUUGGAAGAGAGAGACAGCACCAUAAAAGAUCUGAAGGAAAAGCUGAAUAAAGCUGAGGCAGAACAGACCAAAGCCUCAGAACUCCUGAAGGAGAAGGUGGUCGCCAUGAAUAAAAUCAAGGUUCAGCUAGAGAUGCUCCAGAUGGACUUGGAGGACAACGAGACAGCCAUGACCUCCUUUGACAGUCAGGUGGAGCAGCUUAAAGGAACUAUUGAGUCACUGGAGGCCAUGCUUGCUCAGAGCCAGACCCAGAUGUCUGAAAUGGAGGCCAUGCUGGAUGAGGGCAGAGCCCAGGUCUCUGUCUUGGAAGCCCGCUUAGAUGAGGUCCAGUCGCAGAACUCUCUCUUGGAGUCAAAGUAUGUCACAGCUAAGGAGGAGUUAUUUGAGAGAACCUGUGAAAUAACUCGUCUGGAAGAGGAAGCUAUCCGACGUCACGAACUGGAAGAGAGUGUUGCUACAUUAGAGGCUAAACUCAGUCAGACGACACAAGACAACGAAAAGCUGGAGACAACUCUCAGGGAAACCAUUCAGGACAAAGAGAGCAGUCUAAAUCAGCUUCUCCAGGAGAAGAACAACCUCGAGACUUCUCUGAAACAGCUUAUGAACGACAAAGAGCAAGUCGAAGGUGAAAUGGUGCACGUAAAUGCAGAAAAGAAACUGCUUGAAGUCACUGUAGACGCACUGUCUGAGGAGAACAAACAACUGCAGUCUAAUAUUGAACAGGUAACUGAGGAAAAGCAGCAAACAGAAGCCAAGAUUAAUGAAAUAACUGCUCGGAAACAUGAGGCUGAAUCUGCCCUUAGUCAGCUCACUGAAGCAAAAGCCCAGUUAGAUGAUAUCCUGAAAAAGACGAACGAAGAAAACGUUCAACUUGCAGAUGAACUACAUGCAUUAACUUCUGAGAAAAAUGACCUGGUUACUAAAUUGAAUCAAGUAGUAGAGGAAAAGGUUCAGCUGGAAUUGAGCUAUAAUCAACUCUCUGAAGAAAACAUCAAACUACAGUCUAAUGUGAAUCAAAUAACUGAGGAGAAGCUGCAGUUACAGGAACUCAUAAAGGGCCAUGGAGAUGGAGUUGCUUCUCUCAGAGAGGAGAACGAGUGCAUCCAGCACUCCCUGCUGACCUCAGAACAGGAGCGCCAGAGACUGAAGGAGCAGCUUGAGCUGAUGGAGGAGAGGACUGAGGCGACGAAUAAAGAGCAGAGCGAGCGGUUUACAGCAGAGCAGGCUGAACUGCACCAGAAGCUGGCGGGCUUGCAGAAGGAGCUGACUGUGUUUAAGCAACAGUAUGAAUCACUGCUGGAACAAGUGGGCCAGCAGCACAGCCUCAUUCAGCAGCUGUCAGAAUUCAAGAGCCCAGCAGACAGAAACAACAUGGAGGAGGCAGAAACUGAUGUUUACCCAGCUGAAGCAGCAGCCGAGAGUCAGGUAGAACCAGCAGUUAAUUCAAGCCUCUGCACCAGUUCGGAGUCCCUUCCAGUAGAGGAGGAACUUAUGGUGUCUGAACUGACUGAAUUUGCUGAUGCUUUCAGCGAGGCCAAGCUGGUCUUUAAGGUGGAUGCCACCGAGCAGGAGGUGACGCAGGAACAGUCAGAGGAGGACGGGGAGGCGUUUGUAGCAGAUGUAGAGGAAACAAAGACGAAUGAGGAGGCGGAGCUACUUCCUGAACAGGUUUCUGAAGAAAGCUCCAACUCCAGAGAUGUUCUUGUAGAUGAGCCUGUAAUCUAUGACGUGUCUCCACAACCUUCCUCCUUCAGUGAGAAAAGAGACACGAAAUCGUUUGAGUCAUCCCUGGUAAAUGAUGAACUCGAACGUUACAAGGAAAUGAUCAGAAAACAAGAAAAGGAACUUGAGACUCUGCGCUCAGAGUUUGACCUGCUGAGCUCUGACCUGGAACUGAGAAAGGAGCUGACCUCUGAACUGGAAGUCCAGGUUCAAAACCUGGAGCAGAAAGUUCAUGCUGCAGAGGAAGAAGCCCACAGUGCAUCCUGUCAGCUGAAAAUUGCUUUGGAUUCAAAGAAAAAUCUUUCUCAUGAGCUGACCCAGCUGUCCGAGGAGAAGGAAACUUUAACUCUACAGCUACAAACCACUAAGUUCCAGCUGACUGAUGUUAUGGAGAUGCUGGAAGGACUUGAGAUGGCCAAAGGUGGAUGGGAUGAGAAGUUUCUUCAGCAAGAGAGCGAGCUUAAGAGGGUUCGCUCGGAGAAAGCUAACCUGGAACAGCACAUCCUGGGAAUGGAGUCUGAACUGGAGACUAUGCAGGCUGAGGGGGCCAGGCUGAAGGGUGAGAUGGAGACUCAGAGGAGGACUUUUUCAGGCAUGGAGCAAAAGAUAGAAACACUCAUUACUGAGACAACUCAGCUGAGAUCUGAACUGGUGUCUUGCACUGAAGAGCGAGAUGAGUUGAGCCAAUCCUUGAGCCAGUGGAGGGAGAAAGUUCACAGUCUGGAGAAAAAUAAUUGUGACACAAGAAACCUCAUUUCCAUCCUGGAGGAUGACAUCAGAGCAGGAAGGAAGGAGUAUGAAGCCCUGCAAAGCAGCACAAACAAACUGAAGACAGAGAGGCAACAGCUGGUGGAGCAAGUUAAAGAGCUAGAGCAGACAAUCUCCCAGCACUGUGGAGAAAGAGAGGAGCUGAUAGGCCAUCUUAACCAGAUAAAGGAGGACCACAGUUCCUCCAAUCAAAACACAGAGUCCAUGGCUGGAAAGAUAAAGGCUUUAGAGGGAGAAGUGUUUCGCCUUUCUCAGUCUUUAGAGUCGUCUUUAUUAGAGAAAGGAGAGAUUGCCUCUCGCCUGAAUUCCACCCAAGAUGAGGUCCAGCAGAUGAGAACUGGUAUCGAAAAACUCCAAGUCCGCAUUGAGUCGGAUGAGAGGAAGAAAAAGAAGAUGGGAGAGCUCCUUAAAGCCGCCCAGAGAAAGUCUGACUCACUGCAAGAUCGCAUUGAUUCCCUGGAGCGAGAGAAGGAAGAUGUAGAGCAAAGUUUAGAAGAAGCAGUGCUGCAGGCGGAAACGGCUAAAGCUGAGCUGGAGGAGGAAAGGAGAAUGGUGGAGGAAGAGAAAAAAGAGCUUAGUGCGAAAAUCUCAGAGCUCUCUACCACUCUGGAAAGUUUGAGAUCUGAGAAAGAACACAUGGAGAGACAGCUGGAAAUAAAAAACAGAGAAAUCGAGGAACUGAAGGCAGCUAAGGAGGAGCUGGAGAGAGGACUGGAGAAGGCAGAGGCAGAAAGAAAGGAGGAAGAGGAAAGACAGAAAUGCAGAUUAGAAGAACUGGAGAAAGAGAUGAAAGGGGAAGCAGAGAGACAGAUUAGAGUGCUGGAUGACCUUCAAGCACAGCUGGAAGCCUCUCGGCAAAGAGAAAUUUCACUUGAACAAAAGGGCACAGAAGGGGAAGCAGAGAAAGAGAGGAUGCAGGCUCUCCUGGUGCAGUUAGAGGAGGAGAAAAAACAUCUGCUGAGUUCACUACAGGAGUCACAGACAGAAGGAGAGAAGCUCCGCUCUCAUGGAGAGGAGUGGGAGACAGAAAGAAACAGCCUGAGGACCCAAACUGAAGCUCUGGAAGAAGAAAUAGAAGAGCUUAAAAUACUCAUAAAAACUACUGGGGACAAGAUGGAGGUUUUGGAAAAAGAGAAGGAGGAGGACAGAGAUCAGAAGCAGGCCUUGGAAAGAUCCAUCUCCUCUGUUAUGGCAGAGAAAGAAGAGAUCGAGGGAGAAAAUGGACGACUUGUACAGGAAAAAGAAGAACUGCGCACAGCUCUUUUAUCAUUAGAACAAGAGAGAGAUCAGCUGCGCUCCUCUCUGUUAUCUGUAGAAGAUGAAAAGGAGAGAUUAGAUCAGGGGAGAAGUGCGUUAGCCAGCGAGAGAGAAGAGCUUCAGUCGCGUCUCUCCUUGUUAGAUAAAGAGAAGCACGACUUGCAGCAAAAGCUCUCUUUCUUAAAUCAAGAGAAGGAGAGAGAGGAGGAGGAAAAGCAAAAGAUAGAAGCUGAAAAACAGGAACUGAAGUCUUCUGUGUCUUUGAUGGAAGAAGAGAAAAAUAACCUGUCUUCAGCUCUGCUUUCACUGGAACAAGAGAAGGAGACACUCGCAGAAGAGCACGAGCAUCUUAAGACAGCAGUGACCUCUAUGGAGAAGGAGCUGGAAACACACAAAGUGUCCGUCUCACAACUCAGUGAACAGGUAUAUGGAGAGAAAUACCCAGAUUUAUUUAGUAAGAACAGUCUGUCACAUGGGACAGAAGUGGCAGGACUAAUCAAAUAUGUGCAGGCCAGGACAGACAGCUGGGCAGGGAAGAGCAGUGAGGAAGGGCAGACUGAGCUGACCCAGCUGAGGAAGGAGGCAGAGAAACUAAAGGAAGAAGUGGAAAACCUAAAGUCAGCCUUGGAGCAGAAGAUGACGGAGGCUGAAGAAAGACUGAUGGAGUCUCAAGAAAAAGACCAAGAGGUGAACAAACUUAGCGCUGCACUUGAUGGAAAGAGAAAGGAAUUCGAGGAGAAGGUUAAAGAGCUGGAGGAGAUGAAGACUGAGUUGGAAGAAGUGAACAAACUUCUGGAGGAGAAAAGCAAAGAGGCAGAUGAGAGCAUGGAGAAAUACUGCAGCCUGAUGCUUGAGGUUCACAAACUGGAAAAGACCAACGAGGCACUGAAAACCCGACUGGAGCUGAUUGGUGCUAGCCAAAACGCUAAUGACAGCCACUCCAGCAGCACCGAAGGCCACCAGCGUUCAGGGAGGAAGUCUUCCACCAGACAUCAGGAAAUAAAAAUCGACAACAAUACCGAAAACAUUGCUCCUUCGACUACACACAGAUCUCCCCCGGGCUCAGGGAAACGAGGUCACUGUGAAAUCAGCAAUCGAGACAGCGCCCAGGAGGCCCUACACAAUGUGACAAAGAGGAUCAAAGCCAACGCCACGACCACACCCAAAUCAAGACCUGAACAGGAAGAUGAAGAGUUCAGACCAGAGGGACUUCCUGAGUUGGUACAGAGAGGUUUUGCUGAUAUUCCUCUGGGGGAGGCCAGUCCUUUCAUCAUCAGGAGAACCACAGUGAGGCGCUGCAGCCCUCGACUGGCUGCCAAACAAACUGCAUCUGAUGGCAAGGGUUUGGGGCCCAUACCUCUGCAGAGUCCCUCUGCUGCUAUGGCAACAGACACUGCCAACAGGAAGUGUUCCCCGAGUUCUCGGAAGACACCAGAAAAACAACUAAGAGAACAAACACAGCAAGGAGACAACUGUCACGUUCAGUAGAUCAGCCUGGACUUGCACGUACACAGCCUUCCACUUAGAAACACACACUUGUACGUCACAAAAUGUUAACGAUCCAUGUUUGUAAAGGUACACGGAUCUUUAAAUACUCGCUUAUUUUAAAGGCAUACUCCUUCCUAAAAUGCACUUUUCCUUUUGGGUUCGCAGGGCUGUGAGUCGCAUUUGCUGGUAAAUGUUUUUCUGCCAGAACUUUAUAACAUUAAAUUACUUCCUAGGUGUUCUCUUCAGGUUGCUCAAGAAAACAAAGCACUAACUCCAGUAAGGUGUUGAGGCAGUUUAAUAUGUACACAUGCACUGAUUGUCUUUGUAGAAAUGUUCAUUCCUGUCAUAUCUUCUUCCCUUUUUAUCUUCCUAACAGUUUUCUCGUGGAACUUACUUAUUUUCUUUUGUACUGUUCUUUAUGUUUGUAGAUAAAUAUUGUUUUAUGUCUUUUAUUGUUCUGAAUGCUAUAGCUAUAGUAAAUGCACCUGUUUCAUUGAUCUGUCUUGUAAAAAGCUGAAUGCCAGUGGCAGCUAAGAUUUUCUAGAUUUUCUAUUCCAAAAUUAGAACAAAUAUGAACACAGGUUUUUGACUCCUUUUCUUGCUUAAUAAUCUUUGUUUCUCUUUUUUAGACUUGGGUCUUAUUGACCAGUGUAAAUAGUUAGUAAUGCAUAAAGGCUUUUUUACUAAAUCAUUUUUACUGCUUGA